UAACGAGGACUGGUGCUGUCAAUAAAGGAGAAGUGUAUUUAAACCGUGUCGGUAGAAGCCUUGGAACUUCUUUCUUAUUUUCAAAGCGGGUUAAGAGAGUCUGCAGAAGGACCGGUAGCUCUGCAAGAAUCGCAGUCUUGCAGCACAUAGAUUAUUUCAAGGAAAAGUAACCGGUGCUCUAGUAUUUCCUCAGCCAUUUUGACUGCACGCCUGGAGGCUAAUCUUUUUCUCUUCUCUCUGCGCCUCCUCUGUAAAGUAUCCACGGUUUGCAAAUUGGUUGCAACUCCGUGCCAAAGACUGAAGCGAGAUGAGUUCGCUGUUUAAGAUCUAAUUGGACUGGGGUCUUUUCUGGAGGAACAAGAUAGGACUACUUCAACGUUGUUUCGUCUUCUGCCGGGAGAUACUGUUAAGCGGUUAAGGAUGGAGUGCUACCUGUUGGAGAUCUACCUGCUUCUUGCACUUGCUGUUUUGCAGAGAUCAAGCUGCACUACAGCGAAGGAGCUAACCUGUCAGGAGAUCGCCGUGCCGUUGUGCAAAGGAAUCGGCUACAAUUAUACCUACAUGCCUAACCAGUUUAAUCACGACACCCAGGACGAAGCUGGCCUGGAAGUACAUCAGUUCUGGCCUCUUGUAGAGAUUCAGUGCUCUCCGGACCUGAAGUUCUUUCUCUGCAGCAUGUAUACUCCUAUUUGCCUAGAGGACUAUAAGAAACCACUGCCGCCUUGCAGGAGUGUCUGCGAGAGAGCAAGGGCAGGCUGUGCACCUUUAAUGAGACAAUAUGGCUUUCCCUGGCCAGACCGAAUGAGAUGUGACUUACUCCCGGUACAAGGCAACCCAGAUACUCUCUGUAUGGACUACAACAGAACCGACUCGACCACGGUUCCCCCGGUGUCGACAAAUCACCAAGACAAGGGUUCUAACUCCCACAAAAAUAAAAACGGGUACAUGCCACCUGCUGUACCUGGGAGCAAACACAGAGCCCCAGUUUCGCCCUGUCAGCCGGGCUGCCAGUGCCGUGCGCCCAUGGUCCAGGUAAGCAGCGAACGACACCCCCUCUACAAUCGGGUGAAGACGGGACAGAUCCCGAACUGUGCAGUGCCCUGCCAUAACCCCUACUUCACCCAGGACGAGAGAACGUUUACUGCGUUUUGGAUAGGACUCUGGUCAGUGCUGUGCUUCGUUUCCACUUUUGCCACGGUUGCCACUUUCUUAAUCGACAUGGAAAGGUUCAAAUACCCCGAAAGGCCAAUCAUUUUCCUGUCCGCGUGUUACAUGUUUGUUUCAGUUGGCUACAUCGUGCGGCUCAUCGCUGGGCACGAAAAAGUAGCCUGUAACCGGGAAUAUGACGUGGAACACAUUCACUAUGAGACCACUGGCCCUGCACUUUGUACUGUUGUUUUUCUCCUUAUUUAUUUUUUCGGCAUGGCAAGCUCGAUCUGGUGGGUUAUUCUGUCUCUGACUUGGUUUUUGGCAGCCGGAAUGAAGUGGGGUAACGAGGCUAUCGCAAGUUACUCGCAGUAUUUUCACCUGGCAGCCUGGCUGAUACCGAGCAUGAAGUCGAUUGCCGUUUUGGCCUUGAGUUCGGUGGAUGGCGACCCAGUGACUGGAAUCUGCUAUGUUGGCAAUCAAAACCUGGACAAUCUCAGAGGCUUCGUGUUGGCGCCUCUAGUUAUCUAUUUAUUUAUUGGAACAAUGUUUCUUUUAGCGGGUUUUGUGUCUUUAUUCCGGAUCCGAAGUGUGAUCAAACAAGGAGGCACCAAAACGGACAAACUGGAAAAACUGAUGAUCAGGAUUGGGAUUUUUACAGUGCUUUACACUGUACCUGCAACAAUCAUAGUUGCCUGCUACUUUUACGAGCAGCACAACAGACAGAGUUGGGAAAUAGCCCACAACUGCUCCUGCUUGUUGGAGCAAGAGCUCAAAAAGCCGGACUACGCCGUAUUUAUGUUGAAAUACUUCAUGUGCCUGUUGGUGGGCAUCACGUCUGGCGUGUGGAUUUGGUCGGGAAAAACGCUGGACUCCUGGCGAACUUUCUGUACGCGAUGCUGUUGGGGAAGUAAAGGCACAAGCGGGUCGAUGUACAGUGACGUUAGUACAGGACUAACGUGGAGAUCGGGUACUGCGAGCUCAGUGUCGUGCCCAAAACAGAUGCCACUAUCACAGGUUUGAGGAGAUUUAUGGAUCGCUAAUUGUAUAAAGAUUCUGGAUCGGUCUAUUCAAAUUCGCAUAUUAAUAAUCUCCUAAUCGCUUCUAUUAAGGUAGAAGUAUAGGAACCGGUUGGAACAACGACAUCAACACUGCUAAAACCUAUUUACAUGCACAUGACCUACAGUGGGAGUCAGUUGGAAAACAAGUGGCAGUGCAUUGUCUUUCUUCUCUUAUGCAAAGAAACAUUUAAUGUCUUAAAUCUGAAUGUCUUUAGGAGGAGACUAAGACUAUUUAAUUGUUUAACCCAAACGUAGUGCCAAGGGGGUGUAAUUGACUGCAAUUAUAAUAUCAAAGAUGGUUUAAAAAAGGCUUAAUGUUGUAGUACCCAAAUAUUAUACGGGUUUUUUUUUAAUUGAAAAAAGUGUAUUUAUAUAAUUAUUGAUCUUGUACAAAGUUGUAAAUUGUGUACAUAUCCAAAUUUAUAAAAAAUGUACAUUUUGUAUAAAGUGUAGAUUUCGCUUUGUGAGCGCAAAAUAUUUGACUUUAUUUUGACAAUAAAACGACUUUUUGAUAAAUU